AUGGUAAUUCAAACAAGACUUGAUACUAUUGUACAUGUGUAUAAUGAAGCACUUUUAAGCCAUGAUGGAUAUCGACAUUUAGCAGCAGUUAUAAAUGUGAAAAUUUUUAAUAUAGAUCAAGAUAUUAAUCAAAUUAAUGAUCAUGAUUCUGAUGUAAAUACUGGAGGCAAAAAUCCUGUAAUAAUUUCAGAAGAUACUUUUUAUAUAAAACUUGCUGGUGAUGGUUAUAAUGUGAGAAGAAAACAAAACCAUGUAAUGAUUACCUUUUGUUUACUAAAUAAAAAAAAUAAUGUGCUUAAACCAGACCAUCAAUAUAGUAUAUGUCUUUAUAUAGGUAAAGAAAAAUAUAAAACAUUGGAUAAGGUUAGCAAAAUAUUUGCUGUACAGUUAGCUGAUUUAAAAGAAAGUGAAAUAAUUGAUGGUGAUGGCAUUCAUUGGCCAAUUAAAUUUUAUUUUUCUGGUGAUUGA